GACAGCCAGUGAAGGUAUCAUAUUUUGCGUGUUUGCGUCACCGGCGACGCUUCCACGCUCAGCUCCUAUGCCAGGAAUAGGUCUAUUGUGGUGAUGAGCGCGCGCUCCCUGUGAAGAUGGAGUCCCAGAAUUCAAACCUCACCUGCGUGAUAUGCCUGGAGCGCUUCCGGUACCCCGUCACCAUCCCCUGCGGCCACACCUUCUGCAAAGACUGCAUCACCAAACACUGGGACGCCAAGAGCAAGUCCAACAUCGCCCCCCACUGCCCUAUCUGCAACGAGGAGUUCCCCACCAGGCCGGUGCUGAAGCGCAACGUGUCCCUGUCGGUGCUGGCGGAGGCGGCCAACAGCACCGGCCCGUCCUGCAGGGACGCCCUGGCGCGCUCCGGGGAAGGGCCGAGGACCAUGCUGCUGUGCGAUCGCCACAAGAAGCCCCUGGUUUACUACUGCAGGCAGGACAAAAUGCCCGUGUGCUGCGAGUGCGGCAUCACGGACUGCGGCAGUCACGACCGAGUCCUGUUGGAGGCAGAGAGGGAAAACCAAGAGCUGCUGCUGGAAAGGAAGAGUAAGGAGGUGGAGAAACGCCUCGAGGAUACGCAAAAGAGUAUUAAUGACUUGGUGGAGAACAUCAGCCAUGCUAAGGUGACUCUGGAGCAGACCUCUUCGUGGAUGAGGGCCAAGUUCUCCACCCUGAUAAAGAUUCUUACUGACAAGCAGGAGGCCACGGAGCUCUUUGUCGAAGAGCAGAAGCAGCAGGCCAUCACAGAGGCGGAGAUGCGGCUGGCCCUCCUCCAGACGCGCUCCCAGAUCCUCCAAGAGAGCCAAAGCCAGAUAGCAGCUCUGCACGAUCUGUCCGAUACGGACCUGAUCAGGGAAUCGACACGGGUGGAAGUACCUCGUUUCAACGACAUUCCCACGGACGUAUCGCCAAACCUCCUGGACCGACUAAACGGCGUCACAGACGUUCUGAGCCGAGUGUCCAAGCUGGUUUCUGAGGACCUGGAGAGAGCUGUGUGCACGGCGGUGGUUCAGGACAACGACGGUUCUCCUCAGGACAAGAGGCCAGUGCUCGCUGUGGUUCCCAGUCCGGCUGCACCGUGCCUCCCUGGCGGCAGGGAAGGCCUCAGUGCCUAUCGGUGCUCUCUGACCUUUGACCCUCGCACGGCCAACGAACACCUGUAUCUGUCUCAGGAGAACCGGAGGGCGGAGCACCUGACCUCGGGGCCGCGCACAGUCCCGCCUCAUGAGGCUCGCUUCGACCACACCUGGCAGGUGCUCUGCUUUCAGGGCUUCAAAAGCGGCCAGCACUACUGGGAGCUGGAGGUGUCCAAACCGUGGGCCUACCUUGGGGUAACCUAUGAGGCCAUCCCCAGGAAGGAGAAGGGGAAGAGGUGCAUGGUGGGUAUGAACGAGCUGUCGUGGAGCCUGCAGCUGGACGUGCACCAACUCUCCGCCUGGCACAACGGCCGGCAGGAGACGCUGGCCGGCCACUCCCGCCACAGCCGCAUCGGCAUGCUGCUGGACUACGAGGCGGGGACGCUCACCUACUACGGCGAGGGGCAGACCAGGCUGCACGCCUUCCACUGCGUCUUCACCCAGGAGCUGUUUCCCGCCUGCUGGAUAGGGGAGGGCGUCAGCAUCACCCUCUGCUCCACGUGAGCCGCUUCAACGCAGAGGAACCUGUUCAGUCUAUUUAAAAGCAACUCUUCCUCCCUGUUCAGAACAAAACUGCUUCCCUCCUCAAAACCUGCCACAUGGUGGCGACAGACUCUCCUCCUCGACGUCUAUUCAACUUUUUACACCACUUCAUCUUAACGGUUUUAUGUUUCAGUCUGUCCAGAUCAUUUCAGACGGUGCUUUCACUGGUCCUCCAGAAUCCGCCACAGGCAGAGAAGCUGGAGGAGGAUGGCUCCAAACAUGGCCGAAGUAUUAAAAAUGUGUUUACUGAGAUGCAGGGCAGUGCAAAGGCAGCUGCCACUACUGGAAGCAGUGAAAGGAUUAGAAUUCAUCCUUUUUAUUGUUGUAUUCAGAAUACAGCUGGAUUCCAUGGAUGUGAAACCAACGACAGAUUUUUAAAAACAACUGGAUCAACAGGUUUGCAUAUAUUAAAGACUUUCUCCAAUCCACACAGGCUCAGAUAUGUGCACACACCUCCUAGUAGUGCUUACAGUGCUCUUUAGCAAGUUGCACCUCGACCACACGCUUUUUGUAAGCAUCAAUGAGCUCCGUGCAUAAUUCAGCUGGACAUGUGACCGCUCUGUCAAACGGUAGCGCUGUGACGACCAUUCAGGAAGCUUCAUGCUCGCCUGACCCGUUCCCACAGCAGUUCUGAAUGAUCCAUGGUGGAACGCCCGGGGCCCUCAGCACGAUGCUGCCACCACCAUGCUGGGACGAUGUUCAGAUUUAAAAGCCUUUACCGUUUAAUCCUCCUCACAUGCUUCCUGCCAUUAUGGCCAAACAGCUCAAUCUUUGUCUCCUCUGACUGUAAAACAUUUGCCCUGAAGAUAAUGAGCUUGUCCAACCAGGCGGCCACAGACCUCAGUGUUAGUUGCAGGUUUUUCUUUAGUUAGUGUUCAUUAAUUUUGCUGUCCUACAAACAGUGACGCUAGUGUCCAAGCCGGCUCUGAUGCUUGGCAGGCGUGGGUUGGUUCUGACAUUCAGAAUGUUUCCCCCUGAAGCUCAGUGCUGUUGGAAAUGUGCGGACUGUUCCUUAAAGCCGGGUCUACCACUUUAGCAACUGUCCAGCAUGGCGGCUGUGAUGACAUCAUGUUUAGGGUCUGCUUCUCUGGAUCAUGUUAAGCAGAUGGGAUGGCUUUCCCAAAGCCCCCCUCCUCUACGUGGCUCACUGUGUGUAAAGGUCCGUUUCAGAGAACCAGCCCAGAUGAACGCUGCAUCAAAAAGGCCAGAUAUCCACCUAGAACUGUUCAGAAAGCCUGUGGCUGCUCUGCAACUUGGUAAGAGUCAUUCACCCAAUUAUUAGUGCAGGUUUACAACUUUGAGCCUGAAUGUGGAAAUUUGACCCUGUGUGGAUUAAGGGAAAACAUUUAAAUCAAGCUUUUGGACCCAAGUUUAAAAAAAAAAAAAAAUCCUGUAAGUUUUGUGUUAUUACCGUCCUACACUGGAGAAAGAAUGGUUCAGAUUUAGAAUUUAAAAGCUGGCAUUUCUGACUGGGAAUGCACAGGAGUAAAAACAACAACCCUGUUAAUUGUUACACUGGCUGCAAUGAAAUUACCUUUUAGUUGGUAGGAACCCCCCGUGUUGCAGGCUGCUGCAGUAAUGCUGCUGGGAAAAGAGCCCGGUCUGCAUCCUGGGCUUCAGCGUGAACGCAGAGAUGGAUUUCUGCAGUGUGAUGCCAGCAAAGGUCCAGCUGGCAUCUGUGGCACUUUUUAAUGUCUUCAGUGCGUUUCUGGCGAGCAGCCUUGUUUUUAUUUUCACUGAGCGUAGCUGUAAAUCUUUGACAUGUUGAGGUACUUGGAAAAUCAGGACUUUGAGAAACGCACAAAUGUUCCAAAAGACAGAAGAGCGUCUGAAAUGUGUUUCUGUCCCUCUGGUGUUUAGACGGGACACCGCUCAUCAAAAUGUGACAACAAUCCCAACGGCGGAAAUAAAAACACUUUCCUUUCAUGA